AUGAAUGCUAGGUUCCAAGAUUUAGAGCAGCAUACCCAACUUCUACAUUCUCAUUCCCAAUCCAUUAGUAAGCUAGAGACCCAGAUUGGUCAAAUAGCCAAAACAGUCAAUAGGAAGGAACAAGGCCAAUUGCGUAGUCAGGUCAUAGGUAACCCUAGUGGUUCUUCUCAACAGAGGGGGUUUUUCGAACAAGCUAAGGCCAUGAUGACUCUUCAGAGCGGCCGAGAGCUAAUUAGGCCUGAGAGGGAAGUAAAAGUCCAGGGUAGAGAAGAGGAAAGUCUAGGUAGGGACCAAACCAAAGAGAGUGAGAAUGAGCCACUUGUAGAGUCAAGUGUUCAGAGACCGGGCAAGGAGAAAGUUGGGGAGAAUGAACCAUCCCCUACAUCAUACAUACCGAGAGCACCCUUUCCUCAGUGCUUAGAGCCCCCAAAUGUUCCCACUACUAGGAAAAGCGUUAGGAUGGAGGAAAUGAUUGAGUUGUUUAAGCAGAGGCGAAUGAAAUCUCACACAUCCAAGACUGUACAUUUACCGAAAAAUGUAAGCACGGUUGUCUCAAACCGCCUUCCCUCGAAGUUAAAGGAUCCUAGAGCUCCUAUUAUUUCUUGUGUGAUAGGUAAUGUCACAAUUGAUAGAGCACUCUUAGACUUAGGGGCGAGCGUGAACUUACUACCCACUUCCAUGUAUGAACAGUUUAACUUAGGUGAGCUCAAGUCUACUGAAGUCAUCCUGCAGUUAGCUGACCGAUUGGUCAAAAUGCCUAGGGGCCUAAUUGAGGACGUGUUAGUUAAGGUUGAGGAACUAUAUUUUCUGGUGGAUUUUCUUGUCUUAGAUAUGGAGUAUACAAGCAGUGGAAGUAUGCCACCGAUUAUUUUAGGGAGACCUUUUCUAGCUAUGGCAAAUGCAUGCAUUAACUAUAGAUCAGGAAAGAUGGAAGUGUCUUUUGGGAAUAGGAAACUGAGACUUAAUGUGUUUAAUGCUGGUUUAGGACUGAUGCAUGAGGACGAUAACAAGUGUUUCAUGGUUGAUGCUAUUGACAGUCUAGUGGAGGCACACGCCCCACAUAUGUUAUGUGAUGAUGCAAUUUACACUCUUAUGAAUCUGUUUGUUGAGGAGAUAUCUAGCUUGAGUGUUGUGUUUGAGAUUCAAGAGGUUAGUGCGUAUAUGGCUAGGUUGCCCACUCUAGAGCGUCGAUCUUGGAACAUCAAGUAUGAACCCUUACCACCUUUGUCUAAGACGACACAACCGAGGUCAAUUGAAUCUCCACCAGUCUUAGAGUUGAAGGUCUUGCCUGAUACUCUAAAGUAUGUUUUCCUAGGACCCAACAAGACCUUACCCGUGAUCAUUGCCGCCAACUUAGAUAGUGACCAAGAGGAGAGAUUAGUAGUGGUCUUGAUAACACAUAAGGAAGCAAUCGGUUGGUCGGUAGCCGAUUUGCGAGGGACUAGCCCUUCUUUGUGCAUGCAUCACAUAUUUUGUAAAGAGAAUGCUAAACCGGUGCAUGAAACUCAAAGAAGGUUAAACCCAAACAUGAAGGAGGUGGUGAAGAAAGAGAUGAUCAAAUAG